CCCGCGCCCCGCGCCCCGCGCCAUGGAGCGCGGGCUGCACCUCGGCGCGGCCCCCGCGGGCGGAGACGACCUCUUCCUGCACAAGAGCCUGGGAGCCGCCACCGCCAAGCGCCUGGAGGCGGCGUUCCGCGCCCCGGCCCCGGGCAUGGACCUGGCCCUGGCCCCGCCGCCCCGCGAGCGCCCGGCGCCCUCCGCGCCGUCGCCCCUGGGCGGCUUCGAUCCCGCUGACCCCGAGGGGGCCGGGCUGCUGCUGCCGCCGCCGGGAGGCGGCGGAGGCGGCGGCGGCGGCGGCGGGGGCGCGGGCGGCGGCGGCGGGGUGAGUGUCCCCGGGCUGCUGGUGGGCUCGGCGGGCGUGGGGGGCCCCGAGCCCGGCCUCAGCAGCCUGCCCGCCGCCGGGGCCGCCCUGUGCCUCAAGUACGGCGAGGGCGCGGGCCGGGGCCCGGCGGCGCUGGCCGAGAGCAGCGGCGGCGAGCAGAGCCCCGACGACGACAGCGACGGCCGCGGGGAGCUGGCGCUGCGGGGGACGGCGGGCGCCGAGGCGCGGGCGGCGGGGGGCGCGGGGAGCGGCGGCGGGGCCCCGGCGGCCGAGGGCUGCCCCGGCGCCCCCCUGCACGGCGGCGGCGGCGGCGCGGGCGCGCCCCCGGGGGCCGGGCUCGGGGGCAGCGCCGGCGGCGGGAGCGGCGGCAGCAGCAAGAAGUCCAAAGAGCAGAAGGCCCUGCGGCUGAACAUCAACGCGCGCGAGCGGCGGCGGAUGCACGACCUGAACGACGCGCUGGACGAGCUGCGCGCCGUCAUCCCGUACGCGCACAGCCCCUCGGUGCGCAAGCUCUCCAAGAUCGCCACGCUGCUGCUCGCCAAGAACUACAUCCUCAUGCAGGCGCAGGCCCUGGAGGAGAUGCGGCGCCUCGUCGCCUACCUCAACCAGGGCCAGGCGCUGUCGGCCGCCUCCCUGCCCAGCUCGGCCGCCGCCGCCGCCGCCGCCGCCGCCCUGCACCCCGCGCUCGGCGGCGCCUACGAGCAGGCGGCCGGCUACCCGUUCAGCGCCGGCCUGCCCCCGGCCGCCUCGUGCCCGGAGAAGUGCGCCCUCUUCAACAGCGUCUCCUCCAGCCUCUGCAAGCAGUGCACGGAGAAGCCUUAA